GAGAAUAUUUGCUAAACUGCCAAAGUAAAAUGGAAACCUAUGGAGGGCAGCCCGGUUUGGAAGAGGAAUUACAUUGUCCUAUUUGCUUGGAUAUAUUUUUGAGACCACGCUCAUUGCCAUGUUCACACUCAUUUUGUCAUUUGUGUUUAGUUAAGUAUGCCGAAGAUAUUGAGGAAAAUGAAAAUUUUUGUUGUCCUUCAUGCAAAGAAGACACAAAAGUUGAUACAAAUAAUAUUUCACGAGCUGGGAUCUGGAUUAGCAGAUUUCCGGUAAAUUACGAAUUGCUUCUACUUGCACAGAAACAGAGAAAUAAAAAUUAUAAAUCAAAUAACACUGAAAGCGACGAAAUGAAGAAACCAUUAAACAGUGAAGGUAAUAAGAACAGUGAUAACGUUGAAAUAACUUCUGAUAGAGUGCCUGGUAAAUGCAAAACAAUGGACUGGUGUAUUCAGAAAUCAAAUAAAAAUAGUACAAAAGACAAAAUGAAAAAUGUGUUUUCUCAGAAAGACGAAAUACAAAUUAAAGCAGAACCUCAUACUAAGGAUCGGGAUUUAUGUACUUUUGGGUCAACUACUGUUUCGGAUCAGUCAGAUAUAAACUAUAAAUCUGCUGCGUCUUCAAAAUUCUGUGUACCAUGUCUUCGAAAUGUAGAAAACCAACCUGCGACUAUGUACUGCUUAGAAUGUCGCGAGUUGAUGUGUUCAACAUGCAGAAGACACCAUCUUACAAACAAAUUUACUAGUCAUCACAAACUCAUUGAAGUGGAUGAUGAGUUAUUAGAUAUUAAAAAAAUUGAAUGCGUAACCAGUCUUACAAAAUGCAUUGAUCAUCCACAGUGUGAAGUGAAAUACGUUUGCACAGACCAUGAUCAUCCGUGUUGUAAUGAAUGCGCCAUCGUGACCCAUAGAAAAUGCCAAGAGUUAGUAUCAUUAGCGGAUUGCAAAGUGUCAACUGAGAGUUUACAAAGUCUCGAAAAUAACAUAAGUGAAAAAAUGGAAUACAUCAAAAGACUGAAACUAUAUCACUUUAAUCGCAAAGCAGAUAUGUUCGCGUCUGAGAGGGUGAUUAAAACUCAGUUACAUAAAAUAAAGAAAGGAUUUGAUGAUGCUUAUAACACUUUUGUAGAAAACAUAAUGAGCACCCUCAAAGCUAAGCAUCGAGCAAGUAUUGAACGAUCCAAUUCUCAAUUAUCAGAUAUCGAAAUGUUUGAAGACAAUCUUCUACACUCAAAGGAAAAUUUGAAGUCCACAAAAUUGUUUGGAAAUGAAGAACACUUAUAUCUUAUGAAAAGAAAAGCUGAACUGGAAUUGGAACAACACGAACAAGUUCUUAAUUCUGUCUACCGAAAUUCAAACUUCAAAGAAUUUACGUUAGUAGAAGUAGAUGAUUUAAGCAACAAGAUGAUAAAUUUACUUUCCAAGACCUUAAUGUUGCAAAAAAAAUCGAUCAUACAGGCUAUUCCACCGCCACCUACAUUUAAACAUCUAAGAAGAGAGUAUGCUUCUGGUCUAGAUUUUCAAAGAGAAGAACUAACUUCGGACACAAAUUGGCCAGUCCAUGUGGAACAUAAAGUGGUAAAACACGGUAAGAAGAACAGAAGAAAGAACAGAAAAGUGAUAGAUGUUGACAAGCUGUCUAUGCAUAUAAAAGUAAACAAUUAAGACUUGUUAUAAAUAGAUUAACUGACAUUGUAUGUUCUUUAAAAUCAUUCUAUUUAUCUGCAUUAGGGAAGUAUAUAUUUUAGCUUAUGGGUCAUAUUAACUGCAAGACAAAAUAUCCUUUUGUUGUAGAAAAUGAUAUCGCUACCUAUUUUAUGGAUACAGAUGUAUAAUGAAAUAAAUGAAAUAGAUUUACCAAAGACUGUCCAUAACGGCAACAUUGAAAAUUUUGCAGACUAGGUUUGAUUGGGCGGUACUUGAAAGUGCAAGCCUUCCGUUAUGUUAUCUUUUUCUAUAUAAACAAUUAAUAGUUUUGCAGAUUUUGCCGGCUUCCCGUAUAAAUCAGUUUAAAUAUUCAGCUCAACUUGCCUUAUCUAUGGGUUUCGCCUUGAUUUCUUCGUUUUUGCAUAGUUCUGACUCCGUUCAAAAUGUAAACAGUUUUGCUGAUCCGUUUAACACUGGUUUUCCUUUUUAUGUGAAGUAACUUGCUAAAAAUCAAUGUUAAACCUUCCAAAUUUAUUUUCUAAUUUGUUAACACUUGCACAUUGUGCUGGAGGCGGCUGUUUUUGUUAGAAACUUUUUCCGGUUGUAUUAUAUCACGUGAUGUGUAAAGUGUGAGAACAUGUGUUAUUUCUCUCCUGGUUUUUCGAAGCUUUUCCUUAAUUGGACAUCGAUAUUCGUAAUUUUUGUUACCAAAAGGACUAAUAACAAUCAUACCUAAUGAGUGCGUAACAAAGUUUGACAAAACGUCAAAAAAGGAAGCUAAAGCGGGCUGCAAAACGAAAAGCAAGCGGGUCACCUGGAGUGGACAUAGGUAGCCAUUACCUGUGUGCACAGAGCGGAAUGAGCACACAUUAUACUGGACUUUUAAACAGUGGUGAGUGCAAAUCAAUGUGCUUCUCCUGCUCUACCUAUGGAACAAUAUAAUGAUGCAUCAAACACAUCAAUUUCAAUCACCGGUUCCGUCUACGCUACCAGAAUGGGCUCGAAUACUAAUUGAAGACGUCAGGCAAAAAGAAGAGUUUAUGCCGAAAAUUGAGUCCCUACAACAAGCAAUUAAUCUUAUAAAUGUGAGAACCGCGACAGUGGAAACCAAAAUAAAAACUCUAGAGACUAAAAGUGGAGAAGCCAGUGAAUCUCUUCAAUUUCUUGGAGUAUGAUGAUAAAAAAGCAAAAUACAAACAACAAGUCAAUAAGCUUCAAAAUAAAUGCGAAAAUCUGGACUCUACUGUACAAGAACAUAAAUUAAAAGGAAUCAAAUUUCAAGUAAAAAUUUGGGACCUAGAUCCAUGCAGAAUAAUCCGAUAUUUUACCGGAACUGCCAAAGAAUGGAAAGGCCGCUGAAACCGACCAGUGCGAGCAUUUAGUUAGAGGAUUCAUAGCAGACGAACUACAUAUUGAUCACACACAAAUGGUCAUUGAACGACUUGGUGAUGCUAGAGCAAUGAAACACCGCCCCAUCAUAGCUAAAUUCCAUAACUUUAAAGAACAGGAAUAGAUACGGUUCGAAUCCUAUGACGAGGAAUAAAAAAACGACUGAAGGAGAAGAAAUAUGGAGUUGGAAUGCAAACCUCCAGGCGUAUCGGGAUACAAACAAAGGCGUUUACUGAACAAAUUGACUCUCAAAAACUUGACAAGAAGGACAAAAAAUAUAGGUAAUAAACUAUAUCGGAACAAUAGAAUACUUAGAGAUGGUUUGAUGGCAAAGGACAAGAUUAUGUUAAUUAGAGAAGUC